AUGGGGCAGGCAGGGCCCCAGUUCCGAGCCCUGAUCUGGAAAAACUGGCUUUGCAGAGUCCGGCACCCGGUCCUUUCUCUUGCUGAAUUCUUUUGGCCAUGUAUCCUGUUUAUGAUUCUGACAGUGCUUCGUUUUCAAGAACCUCCCAGACACAGAGACAACUGUUUUCUGCAACCCCGGGACCUGCCCAGCCGAGGUGUUUUCCCCUUUGUUCAAGGCCUUCUUUGCAACACGGGGUCGACCUGCAGGAACGAGAGCUAUGCGGGCACCACGGAGCACCAUUCUCGUUCGUCCAGGUUCGGGGCUGCAGCUGGCUGUCCCAAGAAGGUCAACGACCUGGCCUUUCUGGAGGAGAUGCAGGGCCUUGCCGAGGAAAUUUAUGACGUGGUGGGCAAGGCAAAAGUCUUACGGGAACUCUGGGCAGGAAGAUCCAAGCAUCCAGAUUCUUCUCAUGGCUCUGGUUUGUUAGCGAUGGACCUCAAUAGGACCGAGGAGGUGAUCUCAAAAUUGGAAAAGCUCCAUCAGCAGCCCCACAUCUGGGAUUUUCUACUUCUGCUGCCGAGACUGUACGCGCAGGACACUGGCAUCGAAGACCGGAUCCGUGGGGGCGUCCGCCUGCUCCGGGCAGCGCUGGACUCUUUAACAACGUUGGAAGAUUUAGACUGGCUGCCCCUCAAUCACACUUUUUCCACGGUUUCUGAAGUGGUGUUGAAUGUGACCAUUUCAACCCUGACAUUCCUGCAGGAGCGUGGAGCGCCCACCCCGGAGUUAGGAUAUACCCUGUCCCUGAAGAAGCUGGUGUGGGAUCCACGGAAAGUCCAGGCUGACCUGAAGUCCCGAUUUGGUUUCGACGACCUUCAUGCGGAACAAGUCCUGAGUCACUCAGCUGAACUACAGGAGAUCCCCACAGAUGGGACCUUGAAGCAGAUGGUGUGCUCCAUCUUGUCCCAAACUUCCGAGGAUGAAGCUGGCCGAGACGCUCACCCUGGAGACUGUCACCCACGCUGGUCAGCAGCCACAGACUACCUGGUGCAUUCGGUCAGCUGGCCGCAAGUCUACAAGCAGGUGUUCGACCAGUGGCCAAAGGGCAGCCUGCUUCAGAAGGUGCUUGAAGGGGCUGCCCACGGUCUGGAGGAUCUCAGGGAUCGGUUUGUGGAUGAAAGUGAGCCACGGAAAGUGCUAGAAGCCCUGCACACUCUCUUUCUCAUCCUGAGUGACAGUUUGGCUGCGGAUGGAUCUGGCAGCAGCCAUACAUCUCCAAAGAUAUUACUGUAUCUGCAGAAGUUGGAGAACGUUCUUGGAAACCUGCCCCCGUGGCCCACCCUGAAGAGACUGCUUCCGCUACAUGGGGCUGUCAGCAAUGCGAUAGCCCAGCAUUUACGUUUCAUCCGAGAAGUCCUUGUGUGCCUGGAGAGAUCAGCUAACGGCUCCAAACCGGGUGGACAUGAUCUGCCAAAACUGGAAAAGGACGUGUUCUUUUGGGAGUUGAAGCAGCUCUUGAUGAAGGAUACCACUGACAGGUGCCUAAACGCUAGCUUUUCUGGAAGGGAGGCUUUCCUGUGUCCUGGCAUCUGGGAGGACCUCGGGGGGCUGACGUGUCCCCAGGACUCCUCCAACAAGACCAGCAUCUUAAACAAGCUACUGAGGUCAGCAAAGGAUGCUGACCGCCAUUUGCAGGAGCUCAUCACUGGGCUCCCAGAUACACUGGUUUCGGAACCCGGAGGAAUUGGGGGCUGGCAGGAAGUGGAGAUGCAGCUGGCAGACGUGGGCCUGUCCUGCGCGCGUCUCUUUGGGUUGCUGGGAACUCCCGGCUGCCCUGGGAACUGUGACCUCGCCAACGACUGUAACGACCAGCUUCUUGUGGCAGCGGCCUUUCACACGCUUGAGCAGGUGUGGUUGUCCCUGGAAGAAACAUCCUACUGGAGAGACUUCGAGGGGUUUAUCAGGAACACCUGUGAGCUGGCCCGUUCUGUGAACGCACCAGACAGUGUCCAGAGUGGUCUAUCUGCUUUCUCUGCAGAAUCUCCUUGUUACCAAGAAAACAUGGACUGGGAAAUCAUCACCGAUAAUUAUUUUGAAUUUUUGAGUAACUUACUCAAGUCUCCAGCUGUUUCUAUAGCCAGGGUCUUGAAUUCCUCAAAGGAACUUCUCCUGAUGGAAAAGAGGUUGCAUUCCCUGGAGGAUGAGCAAAUACACUUCUUUUUAUCGCUUGUGGGAUUUCUGGAGAAAUUAUUGCCUAAUACUUUUGACUUGCCCAAGGUUCCCAAAUCCCUUCACCUCGCAUCUCUCACUGAGACUCUUGUCAACACAAGCCAUAUGUGGAUAAAUCAUUCAAGAAGUGUAGAGAGAGACCCAUCUUCUCUUGGUACUCAGAAACUUCUGGAACUUGGCAAGGCAGUGAUUGAAAAAGCACAAGCCCUUGAACGUCUCUGGACAGAGAAGGAAUCGAACGAUAGUUUGAGAUCUAUGGAAUUAGUGCUUACUGCAAUGAGUCCUACACUCCUGGAGUUGUGGAUGGAUGGCAUUUCCAAAGGAGAAAGAGACAAACUGGAGACCUUGACUACACGUCUUAAUUUUUCUGUUCCCAAUGAUGACAGGGUUCUUAGCAAAAGCUUUAACUUUUCCCGGUUGUUCCAUUCAGGUUGGCCUCCAUCGCCAUCUGCGAAAAUGGACUUCGUACAUUUCAGUGAAACUGUCAUAAGCAGUCUAUAUGAAUUAGGGUUUCUGGGGCAGGACCACGUCUCAGAGGCUCUGGACAUCGUCUACGCCUUACAGAACGCAUCUGAGUGUUUCUCGGCCCUUCCUGAACUCGAAAGACGAGAAGUUGAUAAAAUCUUGACUCAGAUCUAUCUCCGCGUCUUCCAGGACAAAGAUUCAGCUUUGCUUCUGCGGAUUUAUUCUUCUUGGGUCCAAUCUAUGUCUCAGUUCUUGAGCAUUCAAGGUGCAGACUCUUUGCUACCCUCCCUUGCACAAGUCUCAAAACACAUUUUAGAUAUCAUAAAGCAAUUUCAUUUCCAGAACGUCAGUGAAGCACUCACAUUUUUAUAUGAGACAACAGGGGUUCUUGAGGGAAUUUCUGAGGGAUCUUAUUGUCAGCAGUUGCUUUUAUUUUUUAACUACUUGGAGCUUCAAGCCCAACCCCUGAAGUCUACACAGGGCCCCGAAUUGGAAGUGAUUCAUGCUGUGUUGACAGGCCUGAAGCAGCUGCUCAUGGCUGACGAGGAUUUCCGUGUUUCUUUCUUUCAGUACGUGAGCCAGCUCUUCAAUGGGUCAGUAGAAGCCCUGUUGGGUAGUGAAUGCUUUGCUUUGGGUCAUAAAAACAUUUCUUCUGUGAAUUAUUCAAUAGAUAGAGGGUCCUCACUUACUCUUCCGUGGGCACAAAUUCUUUCAAACAUGUCCGCGAAUGGCAGUGUGUUCAAUGAGUUAAUGGCUGUCCACUGCACCCUCUCGUGGCUCCAAAUGUGGACUGAUAUCUGGGGAAGCAUAUCUCAGAUAUUCAAGUUUGGCACAAAUAUUUUCACUCCUCUUCACGGUGGUCUCACUCAGCUUCUGGAUGAAUUGGAAGGACAUGUGAAAGUUUCUAAAGGCUGCCAGCAAAUGUUCCCUACCCACGACACCGCCAGACUCCUACUGAAUUUGUUUAAAAAUGUAACCCAAGCUGAUGGCUUUCAGGAUUGGGAUGAGCUUUUGGGUCUCAGGGAUCUUUGGGUAGUGUUAGGUGAUGCCUUAGUGAGUGUAAAGGCACUUAACCCCGACCAAGUAGAGAAAUCCCUUUUCACCAUGGAAACUGCCCUUCGUCAGCUAAAGACAUUUCCAUUAAAUACAAAUGCCAGCACAGAGUUUUUCAGUUCUCUGCUUGAUGUUUUCACGGAGUUAAGCAAUACCUCAGAAUACAUUGACAGAGAUGUACGAUCGAUAAAUCCCUUUCUUUCCAGUAACCACACAAAUCAUGGAGUGAAGUUUGAAAGUGUCAUCACUGAGCUAAGAGAAACAAUGUUAUUUCUUAGAAAUGUGUCACGUGACCAAGAUUUAUUGUCCUGUGCUGAUAUCUUCCAAAAUGUUACUGAGUUGAUUUUGGAAGAUGGCUUAUUACAUGUAAAUACUUCACAGAGGACAUUACAUAUUCUGGCUGUGUUAAAUUCCACAGUUUUCUCCACAGACACAAUCAGCAGACAGAAGGGGUGUGUCACAUGGGUAGACGUCACGAACCAUCUGUGCAUGAUGUAUAACUCCAGUGUUUCACAAGGCUAUCCUCAAGGUAUUUGGAAGAGUUUCAGAGAUAUGGAGAGCAAAAUUAACUCUACAUUGAAGCUUGUUACCGGGAUGCUAAACAUAAAGUACCCUCAUUGUUCAUUCAACAACUCAGAUAUAGAUUGUGUGAAUACUGUAUUGAAAAAUGUAACCGACUUCCUAAAACUGAUACUCACUGAAGUCUUUGAAGAGGAAAAGGUACCUAAAUUGGAGAUUUUAUUAACUCUUUUAAAUGAUUCCACAAACCAAGUAAGGAUGAUUAUCAACAACUUGACAAGAGACUUUGAUUUUGUAUCUCAAUCCAACUGGAAACAUUUUAUUGAAUUAGUUCUAAGACCCAUAGAAGUGUCAGAUGACCUACCUAGCCGAUUUAAAAAUCUUUGGCUGCAUUUAGUAGCUUUGGGGAAGGAAAUUCAGAAACUUAUGAAGGCUUUGUCCACUCAGGUUCUAGAAAGUGAGUCCUCUUCUACAGCUGAGAAGCUUUUAAAUAUAUUUGCUACCAGUCUAAAAAAGAAGGAUGUCAACAGCUUGGGCAAUUCAUUGUAUCAAUUAGCCAGCUAUCUUGCCUUCAACAUCUCUAAUGAUCUCCAAAGUCCACCACAAAUAAUUCCGCACAAAAUCACGAAAGCUACAGGUCUUGGUAUCCAACUGAUUAGGGAUGUGUUCAACUCCCUGACGCCCUCGGUUCUUCACAACAUUCCACGAGAUUCUGGUAGUAGUCAGGUUUUCAAGAAAGUAACAUCUCUCCUGCAUACCCUCAAGAAGCCAGAUAUAGACCUACUGGUCAGCCAACUUGUACAAAUGAGUGAAGCACUAACAGACUUCUUUAAGAAUGUCAGUACAUUGGGUCCUGGGCAUUUGGGGGUCAACCUGCUUGUUGGGUUGCUGGAAAAAUUUGUGGACAGCUCACAUUCUUGGAAUGUCAAUCACCUGCUCAAGCUCUCACGCCUGUUCCCAAAGGAUGACGUUAAUGCGGUGGUAGAUGCGUACUAUGUGCUUCCUCAUGCUGUGAAGCUCUUGCAGAGAGGAAUAGACAAAAACAUCACAGAAGUCCUCAAGGAUGUUUAUAACUUCACUCUUCUUCAUGGCAUAAGCAUUUCAAACGUCACCAAGGAAGACUUUGCUAUUGUGAUAAAAACUCUUUUGGACACAGUUGAAUCAAUAUCAGAUAACCCAGCAAUUCUUUCCGAGGCUUUAACUUGUCUUCCUGUGGUGUGGUGCUGGAAUCACAUGACUUCUGGAUUGAGGCAGGAUCCGAAGGCAGAAGCCUGUAAAUCCCAUGAGCUCAUGCCGUCUUCCUUUUAUAGCAAAGUGGCCCGUGUACUCGAUCUCCUCCAUCUCUUUCCCUUGGGCUCAGGUUUACAAUGCUCAGAGGAAGGCUCACAGAAGGAGAUUACAAGGAAGAUGGUCUGUGUCAUUCGUGAACUAGUGGACUGGAAUUCCAUUUUUCUAGAGCUGUCUGAAGUCUUCCGUGUUCAGACUUCACUUGUAAAAAGUGUACAUGAAUUUUGGCAUAAAGUGUUACCAUUUGUCCCAUUUUCUGGAAAUCAAAACAACGGUAGCUUCUCUGAACUUUGUCCCAGUGGCCCCAUAAAGCAAGUUGCUUUGCAGAUCAUAGCAACACUGAAAAGUGUUAACUUUACAAAAGUUGUGUCAGAUGAAAGCAUUCUCGGUACACUAGCCAAUUUAAGCAAGAUCCUCAGUGGUAACGAAGGCACAGAGGUAUCUGUUCAAAAUAAGGUUUUUUUAAAUUUGGAAAGGAUCGUGAAAUUGCCUUCUAGGAAUGGCGCCCAUUCUCUAGACUCUCCAUUUGUGACGUUUCUGGAUGCUGACAUGAAGGACAGUGGUUUAGAAGCACCAUCAAGUUUUACUAAAACAAGCGAAGCAACUCACAACUCUUCUUACUUUGAGGAACUACGGCUUGAGCUUGAACAAAUCUUGACAGAGCUAGGUCACGACUUUCCUAUCAGACGCCUGCUUUCUGAAAUUAACAAAGAAAUUCAAAUGAUCGAUUCAGAGACUCUUCAAAACAUAACUUCACAACUUGCUCGUGUUUUUGAAACCCUGGGGUCUUUGUCACUGAAGACAUCAGAAAUCAUUGAAGAUUUUCUAUUGGGUGUGAAAAACUGGCUUCAUAAACGUGCAAACAAAGAUGACUCCGGAAUGGUUCAGACAUUUCUUUCCAUGGCCAAUGAGAGUUCAGCUGAUGACACAGCUCUGUGGGCCAAAGAUCUUGUUACCUUUUUGGGUUUUCUCAAAGCCAUUUCUAGGGAGGGUGACUUUGGUGUUGCCCAUUUGACUCAACUGCAAAGCCAAGAGCAGCUAACUAAUUUGUCACUUGUUCAAUUCCUUUUUGAAAGUGUCUUAAUUAAUUCAAUCAGUAAGUUAGCUGGGAGUUCUCCAGAGGCAGCCUCAAAUUCGAGUGAUACUGACCUUCAGAUAAUGAAUUUUUUUAACCUCACCUUGAACCAGACUCCAUCAGGAAAUGGUGCGGGAAUAAUCUUUCCUCCAAGAAGCGCAGUGGAUUUCAUGGAACAACUUUUGCAAACGUUCUUCUCGCUUUUACUGGAGGAGAAUUCUGAGAACAGACUAUCUGUUCUGUUGAAGGCCUUCCACGAAGACAUUGUUGCGGAGAUGAGUUUUGUCCCAAAGGAUAAAAUUCUAGAAAUUCUGAUGCUGGAUCAAUUUCUUACCAUCUUGAAAGAAGACAGACUGAUGAGCAUUUUUUCAAGUUUAAAAGACGCUAUAAAUCAUCUCAUCAAAAGGCCAUUUAUUUUAGACGAUGGACAGUUUUAUUUUGAUAUUCAUCAACGACUUAAGUUCAUGAGAGAUUUAUUUAAUGCUCUUCCAACGGAAACCUCAGGGACAAAUAAGAUGGAAGAUACUUUGGAGUUUCUUGGGGUUGUGAGUCAGCUGGUCCACCACGUGAACAGUUCUGAAGGUCUCUUCCAACUCAAUCACAAUCUUAGGUCAGCCCUUCAGCUUGUGAGAGAAACUUCCACUGAGCUAGCAGGGCUCAUGGACAUGCUCGUCAACUCUCCUCACAUGGACUUCCAUAACAUGUAUCCCGCACUCCAAGAAGUCAUACUUGCUAAUCUAACUGGUUUGCUUUCCUUUAUCAAUAAUUCAUUCCCUCUAAGGAAUAGGGCAACAUUAGAAACGACCAGGAGAUUUCUUGGUGUUACCUCAAGAGCUGGUGGAGAAAGUGGUGCCCUGGAGCCCCUGUUGGAAAUGUCCGACACCUUGACCUUGCUGGUAAGGGACACUGCUGAAAUGAGAGACCUUGCUUCCUCAGUGAAUUCCACUGUGGAACUCGUCAGGCUAGCCCAGAAAGUUUCCAGGAAGAUGGCCACUGUUUUUGAAUCUCACUUCAUCUCCAGCACCAAUGACCCCAUGAAAUUCUUCAACAGUCUCUAUUCCAUUUUGCAACAAAGUGUUCGACAUCUUGUGAAUGAAAUAACUACUUUGAAAAAUGUAGACCCUGUCCUAUCUGAAAAUAUAAACAACUUGUUGAUGCCAUUUCUUGACUUGAUUUUUGGGAUGAUGGGGGUCAAACCUCAUAUUUCACAAGGCUCCGAUACUGUCAAUACGUCAUCUAGCACAUUCUCUUAUGUGAACCAAUCCAAAGACUUUUCUGAUAUUUUAGAAGAAAUUGCUGAAUUCUUAACUUCUGCGAAAAUCAAUUUCGGAGCUAUGGAGCGUCUAAUGGUAGCUUCCAAUAAUGGGACUCACACAUCUGGUAUGGAUUCUGUCUCCCUGUGGGAAGAAAUUUUGGAUUGCUUUGUUCCUAUAAAUAGUCUUGUCCACCAGAUAAACUUCUUCCAUCCUGAUCCACUUCCCGUCCCUUGUUGCCCUCAAAACACUAAAUGGGAAAGAACCCAGGAAGUGAUCCUAUUUUUGGAUAAGCUGCUAUCACAAGACCGCACGGGAAUAGGGAUGUACUUGAGAAUGGUGAUGGACCUCACUUUGGAAGUUCUCUGGAAUAACUUCCAGGAGGAUAACAGGACUGUCUUUAAUCUGUUGCUGACAUUGGCUCAGGAUCCAGAUAACCUUUUGCAAGCUGUAAAAAGAGCUGGAGAGAUCUCUGGUGAAACAGGUGAUCUGAGUGAAGCUUUGUUUGUCAACCCAUCUCUGAUUCGGAAUCUAACUUAUCCACAGCUUGAAGAAGCAGUCCAGAUCGUGUUAAGGAGGAUAGCUUUCUUGUGGAAAGAUCUUCCCAUGAACAACUCUCUGUGGGUAAACUCCACGAGAACUUUGUUCCAACCCAUUCUUGAGAGUCUUAUUAAUGCAGCCACUGGGAAGAAUAUAUCAUCGGGGCAAGAAGAGAGGAUCCCACCACUAUUGAGUUUUGAGAAAUACCUGAAGGGAUUUGUUGAAUUGACAGAGUACUGGCAGGAGAUCCCACUGGUGGAUCAAAGUGUUGUGGAGAUGUGUCAGCUGUUCCAGCAGCCUUGGGAACCCCUGGAAGCCAACGCGACUCUGCAGAAGGUGAUGAUGCUGGUUCUGCGCCUGUCUAUCAUCCUUGCAGGAAACCCGUCCCUGACGAGGGACAUCACGUGUGCAGCUCUGGGCUGCCCGCGAGGCGGGGCGUGGCGUCUCAUUUCACCUGCUCUACAGGGGGCUGCCUUGCUGUGCGACCACUACCAGGAAAUAGAAGAGACAUGGUCCUCACCCCUCCAACAAGAUUGUGAAAGUCUUAGCAGGAAUCUUUCCAGCACCUUGGGGAGCUUCAGGAGCAGCCUGGAACACACCAGCGCCCAGGACUGUGAAUGCCGGCCAGUGCUGGGCGUGGCUCGGGAGCGCGUGCACACGCUGGUCCAAAGCCUUGAGAAGACUUGGUUGUCGGGGAAUCCCGUGAUGACCUUCCUUAGGAAUUUCACAGUGACUGAGGAUGUAAAAGUCAAAGACUUGAUGCGGAACGUCUCCCGGCUCACCAGCGAGCUUCGCUCUGCCAUCCACGUCUCAAACGAAACCGUCCAUAGCAUUCUAGAAGCCAGCAUUUCCCAUUCCCAGGUUCUCUGGAGUGUCCUUGCCAUGGCUUUGUCCGGAAGGUGCGACGUGGAAGCCCUGCGCCUGCUGCUGAUGCUUCCUGAGGACGGGAGGUCGGGGUCUGCGGUGCAGGAAGUGUGUGCCCUGCCUGGGCCCGAAGUGUAUUCCCUGAUCGUGUCCAUGACUCAGAACCUGAAUCUGCGGAGUUUCAUUUACAAAACUCUGAUGCCUUUGGAAGCCAGCCGCCUGCUCCGCUCCCUGUUGGACGUGGUCUCCAGGCUCAGCCACGUGCUUGCCGGAGCCGGCCAUGUCCUGGAGUAUCUUCCUGAAUUUCUUCGUGCCAACAAAAUCACCACUUUACUAGACAUGCCCGACUUUCAACAGGACACACAGAAUGGCCAGGCCAGGAGUUCAGCCUUCGGUUCCUUCCAGUCGGUGAUGAAGACACUUUGCAAGGAGCCAGCGUCGUUCUUCAGCAGCUCCAACUCAUUCAUUAACUUGCCCAGAGUUAAUGAGCUCCUAGGAGGGGACAAAGAGCGAUUCAACAUUCCCAAAGACUCAACACCAUUUUGCUUGAACCUUUAUCAGGAAAUUCUACAGUCCCCAAAUGGCGCUUUGGUGUGGUCCUUCCUAAAGCCUGUAUUACAUGGAAAAAUACUGUACACACCAAAUACUCCAGAGAUUAAUGAGAUCAUUCAAAAGGCAAAUUACACUUUUUAUUUCGUGGACAAGCUGAAGACUUUAACAGAAACACUGCUGAAAGUGUCCAGCGUGCUUCAACGUGGAGGAAGCGGCCAGAUGGUCAGCGAACUGAAGGAAGCUCUGAGAAACAAAUUCAUAAGAAACUUUGUAGAAAGUCAACUGCACACUGAUGUGGACAAACUGAUGGAGCAGCUGCAGACUUACGGUGACACUGAUCAGUCACUCUUCUUGGGCUUCUGGUUUCUCGUGCACAAAGCUAGAAACGCUCUAGUUUGUUCUGACCUACAGUUUUCUGAUGUGCUGAGUCAGGGCGUGAGGAGCAAGGAACGUGGCUUCGGGUAUCGAAGCCACACUUGGGGUGCAAUGAGCCUUGUCUCCUCUUUCCUGCCAACAGGUAUCAUAUUCAACAGCUCACUGGCCAGCAGGGACUUGGGGACGCUGUCCCCGAACCUGCCGCCCCAUGUCACCUACACCAUCCGCACCAGCGUCUUGCACAGCAUGAGGACGGAUUUGGUGAAAAACCCUUUCUGGAAGUUCCAUCCUCAGAGCCUCCCGGCUGAUGUGUUCAAGUACAACUACAUCUUUGUCCCUUUGCAAGACAUGAUUGAACGAGCCAUCGUCUUGGUGCAGACCAGGCGGGAGGCUGUGGAGCCGGCCACGCAGACGCAGGCCAUCCCGUACCCCUGUCACACCAGGGACCUAUUCUUGAACAAUGUUGGUUUCUUUUUCCCUCUGAUCAUGAUGCUGACGUGGAUGGUGUCUGUGGCCAGCAUGGUCCGGAAGCUGGUGUACGAGCGAGAGAUCCAGAUAGAGGAGUGCCUGCUCUCCACCACUGCCUUUGGCCAAGGAGUAUUUUUCAUUACCUUUCUAGAAGGGCAAGAAGCAGGGGUUCAGUGGAAUAACAUGUACCAGCCUCUGGAGCAGACGGGCACAACGUUCGGCUGGGUGUGCUGGAUGAUUCUCUUCGAUUCAGCCCUUUAUUUUGUAUGUGGAUGGUACUUGAACAACUUGAUUCCUGGAACUUUUGGAUUAAGGAAACCGUGGUAUUUUCCCUUCACUGUGUCAUAUUGGAGUCACUUGUGUGGUUUCAUGGCCAAAAGUCCACGUGCUCCUGCUUCUAACGUGUCCUUCUCCAGUGAGAACUUGGACAAUAAAGGGUCCUCACUACAGAGUGGCUGGGGAAAGCCAGCAGGAGGCCCCCCAGGUGUCGCCCUGGUGUCCGUGACCAAGGAAUAUGAACGCCACAAGGCGGCCGUCCGCGACCUGACCCUCACCUUCCACAGAGGCCAGAUCACUGCCCUGCUGGGGACCAACGGUGCCGGGAAAACCACGGUCAUAUCCAUGCUGACGGGGCUCCACGCACCCACUUCCGGAACCAUCACCAUCAACGGCAGGAGCCUGCAGACAGACCUGUCUGCCAUCCGAAGGGAGCUCGGGGUGUGUCCUCAGAAGAAUGUGCUGUUUGACAACCUAACCGUCCUGGAGCACCUGGUCCUCUUCGCUUCCAUUAAGGCGCCACACUGGUCCCGGCGGGAGCUGCACCAGCAAGUCAAUAGAACCUUGCAGGACGUGGAGUUGACGCGGCAUCAGCACAAACACACCCGCCUGCUCUCCGGGGGCAUGAAGAGGAAGCUGUCCAUCGGUAUUGCCUUCAUCGGCGCGUCGGAGACCGUGGUGCUGGAUGAGCCGACCAGCGGGGUGGACCCCUGCUCCCGCCGCGGCAUCUGGGACCUUCUCCUCAAGUACCGAGAAGGUCGGACGGUCAUCUUCACGACCCACCACCUGGAUGAGGCAGAGGCGCUCAGCGACCGCGUGGCCCUCCUCCAGCAUGGCCGACUCCGCUGCUGUGGGCCCCCCUUUUGCCUGACUGAGGCCUACGGCCAGGGGCUCAGCCUGACGCUCACAAAGCAGCUUUCUGUUCUGGAGGCCGAUGACCUGAAGCACGUCACUCGUGCCACGUCUCUGAUCCAGACCUACAUCCCACAAGCCUUCCUCAAAGACCACAGCGGGGCUGAGCUGGUCUACGGCAUUCCCAGGGAGGCGGACAGAGCCUGCUUCAAAGGGCUGUUCCAGGCGCUGGAGCAGAACCUUCACCAGCUGCACCUGACAGGCUUUGGGAUUUCAGAUGCCACGUUGGAAGAGGUGUUCCUGACCCUUUUGCAAGAUUCUGCAAAGCAAUCAGACAUUGCUCUGGGAGCCAGUUUGGGGCGGCAGGACAAUGGGCCUCCAGAGAACUGUGGCACCCCAGCGGGGACCCCGCGUGCUCCUGGCAGCCCUCAGCUUCUGGCUCAGGCAGGGGCUCUCCUGCUGAAGCGACUUCGCCACACCCGCCGGGCCUGGAAGAACACCCUCUCCGACCUGCUGCUGCCUGUCCUAUUUGUGGCCUUGGCCAUGGGCUUGUUUAUGGUGAGGCCUCUUGCCAUUGACUACCCGCCCCUCAAACUAACACCUGGCCAUUAUGACACAGCCGAAACUUACUUUUUCAGCAGUGCGACUGAGGAGCAGGAGCUUGUCCACGUGCUAUUGAGGGCGUUUGGAGAUCAGGAUCGACUCUGCGACGGUUCAAACCCUGAUGCACACGCAGACCUGAAGAACUCCUCCUGCUGGCGAGUGGAUCCCCUGUCUCCCCCUCGAGCCCAGCGUCCCUGCACCUGCCGGAUGUGUGCAAACAGAAGUGCCGGCGCUCCUUACCUGACCAACCGCCUGGGCCACACUCUGCUGAACCUGUCUGCUUUCCCCCUGGAGGAGUAUUUGCUGGUGCCAUCUGAGAGACCGAGGCUUGGAGGCUGGUCUUUCGGAGUGCAGAUCCCUGAUCAAGAGGCAGACGCCAACACAUCAAGCCCAAACACUCUGGCAAAGGUGUGGUACAACCAGAAGGGUUUUCAUUCCCUACCAUCCUACUUAAAUCAUCUGAACAACUUCCUAUUGUGGAGGCACUUACCCCCUGCUGAGGACUGGAGACAAUACGGAAUAACGCUCUACAGCCACCCGUACGGAGGGGCCUUGCUGAAUGAGGACAAGAUCAUGGAGAGCAUCCGUCAGUGUGGCGUCGCCCUCUGCAUCGUGCUGGGCUUCUCCAUCCUGUCCGCGUCCAUCGGGAGCUCCGUGGUGAAGGACAGGGUGACCGGGGCCAAGAGGCUGCAGCACAUAAGUGGGCUCGGCUAUAGGACGUACUGGCUCGCUAACUUCCUGUAUGACAUGGUCUUUUACUUGGUUUCCAUGAGCCUCUGUGUCACCAUCAUCGUCGCCUUCCAGUUGACAGCAUUCACAUUCCGAGAGAACCUGGCGGCCACGGCCCUCCUGCUGGCGCUUUUCGGAUACGCGACUAUCCCGUGGAUGUAUCUGAUGUCUAGAAUCUUCUCCAGCUCGGAUGUAGCGUUCAUCUCCUACGUGUCCCUGAACUUCAUCUUCGGGCUCUGCACCUUGCUGAUGACCAUCAUGCCCCGGCUGCUGGCCAUCAUCUCCAAAGCUCAGAGUUUGCAGAAUAUCUACGAUGUUCUCAAGUGGGUUUUCACCAUAUUCCCUCAGUUCUGCCUGGGUCAGGGGCUGAUCGAACUCUGUUACAACCAGAUCAAGUACGACCUGACCCACAGCUUUGGCGUCGAUUCCUAUGUGAGCCCCUUUGAGAUGAACUUCCUGGGCUGGACCUUCGUGCAGUUGGCCUCACAAGGCACAGUGCUUCUCGUCCUGAGGAUUCUGCUGCACUGGGAUCUCCUCCAACGGCCGCGAGGUCACUCUGCCAUCCAAGGCACAGUCACGUCUUCCAAGGAUGUGGAUGUGGAACAAGAGGAGAUCCGAGUGUUGAAAGGAAGGACGAGUGAAGACCUUCUCGUGUUGUACAACCUUAGUAAAAGCUAUGGAAGCUUCUUCAGGAAGACCGCCGCUGUUCAAGAUAUCAGCGUGGGCAUACGGAGAGGGGAGUGCUUUGGGCUCCUGGGGGCGAACGGUGCUGGGAAGAGCACCACAUUCAAGAUGCUGAACGGGGACACCCCUCCGACCUCAGGACACGCAGUCGCCAGGACUCCCACAGGAGAGGCCGUGGAUCUGUCUUUGGCGGGUGCCGCAGGAGUGCGCAUCGGCUACUGUCCGCAGCAGGACGCCCUGGACGAGCUCCUGACCGGCUGGGAACACCUCUGUUACUACUGCACCCUCCGUGGGAUUCCCAGGUCCUGCAUCCCUCAGGUUGCCGGGGACCUGGUGAGGCGUUUACAUCUGGAAACCCACGUGGACAAACUGGUGGGCACCUACAGUGGGGGGACCAAGCGGAAGCUGUCUACAGCCUUGGCCUUGCUGGGCAGACCUGACCUGCUCUUACUGGACGAGCCCAGCUCCGGGAUGGAUCCCUGCUCUAAGCGGUUCCUGUGGGAUGCGGUAAAGCAGGAGGCUCGGCGAGGCUGUGCGGUGGUGCUGACCUCACACAGCAUGGAGGAGUGCCAGGCUCUCUGCACGAGACUGGCCAUCAUGGUCAACGGCAGCUUCCGGUGCCUUGGCUCCCCUCAGCACGUUAAGAACAGGUUUGGUGAUGGUUAUACAGUCAAGAUCUGGCUCUGUAAGGAAAGCAGUCCACACAGUGCGGUUUCCGACUGCUUGAAACUCCAUUUUCCAGGGAUCCAGUUUAAGGGGCAGCGCCUUAACCUGUUGGAAUACCACGUGCCGAAGCAGUGGGAGUGCUUGGCCGACCUGUUCAGGGUUCUGGAAGGCAACAAGGCCUUGCUGAGUAUCCAGCACUACGCUAUCAACCAGACCACUUUGGAGCAGGUGUUUAUUAAUUUUGCUACUGAGCAACAGAGAACUUCACAAUCCACGCCAUCUCCGCCCACCGACUCUUCCCAGCCCGAGCACCUGCCUGUCUAAGCACGAAGGGAGACGUUUCCAAGAGGAGUAAUACCGUGUCUUUGGUUAACCGUUCAUCCUGGAGGACCACAGGGGCCCCGAUGGUCGGAUCCAUCCUCUCCUUCAUUUCUUCCUUGCAGCUGUCUGUUAAUGAGUAAGCAGCACCCUGAAAGAUUGUUUUCUGUGAUCUUUAGGCAGUUCCCCCUGUGUGGUCGGUCAAGCCAAGGAGGGGCUGGCUUCUUUGUGGCGGUGCCAUGAGGGAACCCAGGGUCCAAACGGAGACAUCUUGGAGCUGGGAAGGCUCUGCCAGGGACCGUCCAUCCCAAACAUUUCACUGGACCUUUAAGGGAACUGAGGCAGCCAAGGCUAGUAACUUAGGAAAUAGCAGCUCAGGCUGUUUUCCGUUGUUGCCCUCUUUUACGACAUAUACUUAUAUGUGUCCAAAUAAAAAGCCAAGGCUUUGAAUGCAAUUUUUUGGGGUAAUAUCAGAUGUCAUACGGUAGGACAUGUAAAAAUUGCCUUUUAUUUUCUAAAAAAAUUUUUUUAAC